AAAAAAAAGUGAACAUCUUCGUGUCACGCCCCCUUUGGGCCUAGCGUCCAAAGUCUCAGAUGCCCCGCUUCCCACCGAGAUUGCCCUGGUGAGACCCUGGACCGAGCGAGUCUGUGCUUGGUACUACCAAAACCAAAAUUUCCCUAUCCUACUUGGACCGGAGCAACGCCAGUCUCUGUUUCUCUACCUUCAACCGCCUACACCUCCUCUUCCUCUCACACUCUACUAUCAAUAUGGCGAACCAGCAAGAAGCCGGAAAGAAGGACCCCCUCACGGGCAUGGCGCACUCUGAGGCGCAUUACUUCAACAGCUACAACCACCAUGGCAUCCACGAGGAAAUGCUGAAAGAUGAAGUCCGAACCAAGAGCUACCGCGACGCUAUCUACCAGAACCCUCACCUGUUCAAGGACAAGGUCGUCCUCGAUGUCGGAUGCGGUACAUCCAUCCUGAGCAUGUUCGCCGUAAAGGCCGGCGCAAAGCACGUCAUUGGUGUUGACAUGUCAACCAUCAUCGACAAGGCGAAGGAGAUUGUCGAGGUCAACGGCAUGUCGGACAAGAUUACCCUGCUACAGGGCAAGAUGGAGGAGGUUGUCCUACCCUUCGACAAGGUCGACAUAAUAAUAUCCGAGUGGAUGGGCUACUUCCUGCUCUACGAGUCCAUGUUGGACACCGUUCUCUACGCCCGCGACAAGUACCUGGUCAAGGACGGCUUGAUCUUCCCCGAUAAGGCUACCAUCUUCAUGGCUGGUAUCGAGGACGGCGAGUACAAGGAGGAGAAGAUUGGAUUCUGGGACAACGUCUGGGGCUUCGACUACUCUCCUCUCAAGGCAACCGCCAUUACCGAGCCCCUCGUCGACACUGUCGACAUCAAGGCCGUCGUCACCGACCCCUCCCCAGUCAUCACCCUUGACCUUUACACCUGCACCGUCGCCGACCUCGCUUUCCGGUUACCGUACGAGCUCAAGGCGCGCCGCAGCGACUUUGUCCACGCCGUCAUUGCAUGGUUCGACAUUGAGUUCGCCGCCUGCCACAAGCCCAUCCGCUUCUCCACUGGACCCCACACCAAGUACACCCACUGGAAGCAGACAGUCUUCUACCUCAAGGACGUACUGACAGUCGAGGAGGGCGAGACCAUUAGCGGCAUACUAGAGAACAAGCCCAACGAGAAGAACCACCGCGAUCUGGACAUUAGCAUCUCAUACAAGCUCGAGUCGAGCGACAUGCACAGGCAAGCGGAGGGCGAGUCCCAGUACAAGAUGUGCUAGUUUGUCUCUUGCGUAUAGAGCGAGUUUUGGGACGGCGUCAACCACCGUUCGGGAAAUGAGGCGCCUGUGUCUUCCAUGAUAGACUUUUUCGGCGUUUUUGGCAAGGGAUUCGCAUACCAAAAAUCUAGGGUAGCAUGAGCAUGUGUGAAUGAGUUACGAAGCAGGGACCAAUCUAUCAUUGGGAAUUCCUCCCCUACAAACAA